CCCAAGUUAUUCGUCUUCCCCAAAUGAUCUUGCAGCCAUGGAAAGUAGCCCCCAACCAAUUAGCAUCUCAGCUACAGAGAAAAGGACUUCUGAUUUGCAUACCACCAGUAGUUACAUUUCAACAACAUUCACCAGCGGUGGAGAGAAGACGUUCAGAUCCCUAACAAACAGCAGCACAUCACCUGAUGCAGCAGAAAGCUCUACUUCUAACUUAGAAAAUACCGAGUCUUCAGAUUUACCCCAGCCCUCAUCUCCUGUAGCAGAGAGUGGAGGAAGUAAUAUCUCAUCAAGUGACUUCACUGAGCCUUCGACGGAGCCUUUGCUUACGCAUUCUCCCAAGAUCCCAACUCCUUCGUCUUCAUCAAAUGAUCUCGCUGGAGUUGGAAGUAGCCAUCAAUCGGUUACAAUUUCAGAUAGAGAAAAAAAGAUUUCCAGUUCUCCUACUCAUAGUACGUACGUGUCAACAACAUUCGCCAGAGGUGGGGAGAGGACAUCCCAAUCUCAAACUCACAGCAGCACAUCGACUGCGGCAACAGAAAUCUCCACUCAUAAUAUAGACGCGGCCGAGGCUUCAGAUUCAACCCAGUUCUUAUCUUCUGUAUCACAGGCUGGAGGUUUCAAUAUCUCAUCAAGUGAUGCCGAUUUCACGGAGCCUUCCACCAAGCCUUUGCUUACCGAUUCUUCCAAGAGCUCAACGUUGUCUUUACCCAAUGAUACAACCUCCGUUGGAAGUAACCAUCAGUCUCUUAGCAGCUCAAAAACCGAAAAAAGGAUUUCCAGUCCUUAUACUGACAGUAUGUACAGUUCAGCUACGUUAACAGGAGGUGGAGAAAGGACGUCACAAUCUCUGACAAAUAGCACAUCUACCCAUACAACAGAAAGCUCCACUUCGUAUACAGAAAUUGCCAAUUCCUCAGAAUUAAUUCAGUCACCUUCAAUGGCAGAGACUAGAGGGACGAGUAUGUCAGCAAAUGAUAUGGGUUUCACUGGGUCUUCAACUGAGACUUUCUUUAUACGUUCUUCCAAGAUACCAACUGACUCUUCUUUCCAAAAUGAUCCUUCAAGCAUUGCAAGUAGCCAUCAACCAGUUAGCAGCAUCGACACUGAGAAAAGGACCUCUGUUUCUCGCACUGACAGCAUGUACAUUCAAACCACAUUUAGUAGAGGCGGAGACAGGACGUUACUGUCUAUAUCAAAUAACAGCACCUCUGCCGAAUCAUCAGAAAGUUCCACUUUUUAUGCAGAAAUUUCCAACUCUUCAGAUUUAGCACAAUCCUCAUCUUUUAUGGCUCAGAGCAGAGGAAGUAACGUAUCAUCAACUGACGGGGAUUUAAUUGCUCCAUCUACGGAGCCUUUGCUUGUACAUUCUUCCAAAAUGCCAACUUACUCCUCUACAGUCAAUCUACAAAAUGCAACUCUGUUUUUCACUGGCACUGAAUCGUCGCCAACUGGCAGCUCAUCAUUAUCUUCAUCAGUAUUUCCAUCCUCUUCCUCGGUGUCAUCGUUACAUCACUUGCUUUCAUCCACGCCAUCGCCGCCUCAUUCAUUUGCAUCAUCAGAGUCAUCUCCACCAUCCUCUUCAUCAGUGAUAGCAUCAUCGUCACUCCCACCACCAUCUUUGUCGUCAUCUUUAUCCACCUCCUCGUCAGUUGCAUCAUUUCCUUUAUUACCAUCCUUAUUACCUUCAUUUUCUUCAGCAUCUUCACCAUCACACGCUGGUGACAGUUUUCAAACCAGCAGGGCCAUGGUUACAUCAGGAAGGACAGACAGCAUGGAGCCAUCGACUGCUGUGUUCUCUGUCAGUACACCCAGACAGUACAGCAAUCACAGCGGACCACACCAGUUGAAAGAGAGCACUAGUUUUAAAACCACAGGACCACUUCCUCUUCAGACUGAACCUAUGGAACAGCUCAGCAGUCGCUCUUCAUCCACAUCAGCUUCCACACUUGUAACAGCGAGCUCCGCAGGAGGAACUUUCACUUCCAGUGGGGACCAUUUUGAAAAGACAACUUUGCUUCUGACAACAGCUGCUCCAAGUCUGAGCAAGGAGACCCAACACACUGAGAUGGCAAAAGCAUCGACCAGUAUCUUGCCAAAUAUGACAAGUCAAAGGGAUGUGUUCCCUGCAGCGGAAUUAACAACAGGGAAAACAGUUACACUGUCAACAGACAUGACUUUUGGGCCACAGCGUUCUGUGCCAACUACAGAUCAUUCUCUUACUACGAAAACUCGCAGAGUUCAAACUGCUGCUACCACGACACUGGCCUACGUAACUGGAGUAACUACAAAAUCAAUGGAAACUAGCACUGCAACUAGCAUUAAAAUCACUGAAGAAAAUAUCCCAGCUACACAUCCUUCCAAAACAUCUUCCCCAAGCAAAACCACUGCAGGGUUUUCCACCACUUCGGCAGCAGCUACCAAACCAACUACUGUUGCUCUGUUCAGUCGCACAAGGGCAUUAGUAACUACUUCUCAUACAACAGUCAAUGUCUGCACCACAAACCCUUGUCUGCAUGAUGGAAAAUGCGUUAUUAAUGGUGUUAUGGGCAAAUAUCAGUGCAAGUGUUCACCAGCCUGGCAAGGAGAAGACUGCAGUGAAGAUGUGGAUGAAUGUCUUUCUAAUCCAUGCCCAGAUUUGGCCACAUGUAAUAAUACUCAGGGCUCCUAUGUCUGCAAAUGUCCUCUUGGAUACCGGCUAGAAAAAGGAAAAUGCAAUUUAGUAAGAACAUUUGUUGAUCAAGUUGCACUGAAACUGAACACUACUCAUGGGAAGUAUUCUGAACUCCCUCGAAUUGAAGAUGAAAUAAUAACAAUGCUGAACAUGUCUCUUUCAACGUUACCUGGCUAUUACAGCUCAAUGGUUAAAGCUGCAAGGGAGUCCAAUUCUGUCCGAGUUUCAGUCCAAACCACCUUUUCUUUAGCAUCUAACGUGACACUCUUUGACAUUGGUAGAAGUGUACAAAGCUACAUUAGAGCUUGCAAAACUCCUGCUGAAACCUGCCAGUUCAUCUCCAACCUUACGCUGCUCCACAGAGUUGGCGGUUUGUGUAAACAGAAGGACCCUGAAUGCGACAGAGAAACUUCGGAAUGCACCGACAAGGAUGGCAUUGCAGUCUGUCAGUGCAAGAGUGGAUACUUUAAAUACAAGAAGAUAGAUCAUUCCUGCAGAGCUUGCGAAGAUGGAUAUAGGCUUGAAAAUGAGACCUGUGUGAGGUGCCCAUUCGGCUUGGGGGGAUUGAACUGUAGAAACCCGUAUCAGCUAAUCACCGUGGUGAUUGCAGCUGCAGGAGGGGGACUUCUGCUUAUCCUGGGGAUAGCACUGAUCAUCACUUGCUGCCGGAAGAACAAAAAUGACAUAAGUAAACUCAUCUUCAAGAGUGGGGAUUUCCAAAUGUCGCCAUAUGCCGAGUACCCCAAGAAUCCUCGAGCACAGGAGUGGGGCAGAGAGACCAUAGAAAUGCAAGAAAACGGAAGCACGAAAAACCUGCUACAGAUGACGGAUGUCUAUUAUUCGCCGACUGGUCUAAGAAACGCUGAACUGGAAAGAAAUGGACUUUAUCCUCCCUACACUGGUUUACCUGGAUCCAGACAUUCAUGCAUCUACCCUGGACAAUAUAACCUAUCCUUUAUUAGUGAUGAAACCAGAAGAAGAGACUAUUUUUAACAUAAUUGUGUGGGAGUGGAAGAUCAACAUAGAUAUGUGUCCUUGUUUACCAGGUACACUCUGUCACAUGACAGUUCAGCUGAUACCAGUCUUAAUCUUUACAUACAGGAAGGACUUUGAACUCAAAAGAACACAGAGCACUGCUGCCUUGAAAACCCAUUUGUAGUUGUUGAGUAGCGAAGAUGGAGGGGAAGAAUGAGCCAAUAUGCAGAUCUGUAAAAGACCCAGGUGGAAGUUUAUGGAAGUUAACUUGUGCACUCCAUUUUUAUCUUCGCCAUUGACGUCACGUAACAUGAAUUUGUUAAUAGAUCAGUACAGACAGUAAUUGUUGCCUGCACUCUAAAAUGAAUACCACUAGGGAGUGUUUUGUUUACAGAUAUUGUAAAAUUACAGAUACUGGUCUGACUACUAUGUGUUUCCUCUUGGCCAACUUGUAUGCAAAGAUGCACUGUGUGCUCUUUUUGGGUAGGAAGUGUAUGUUCAUUUCAGACCCUUCUCUGCCUUUCCAUGUUAUGAUCUGCUUCCUAUGCAACAAGGGAGCUGGAUUGCCCACUAAAUAUUAUUUUUCUUUA